AUGGAAAGCACUAUUGCUGAAGAUUUUCUUAAUGAUUUAGAUGAGCUUAGUGAAGAGGAUUCAAACUUAAAGCAGCAAAAACUUGAUGAAGACACUAAUGAAGAAAUUCCAAUCCUUGAAGAUUCAAUAAUUCUUAAGCAAAACGAUCUUUCAAAUCAUCUUUCUCAAAUCUCCAGUCAAAAUCCUCAGAUUUUUGACUAUAAAUUAGUAAUGAAAAGCAAUGAUUUCAUUCUUCAAAUAGAUCAAGAAAUUUUGCAAUUGCACAAAUAUUUAAGAGAUCUUUAUUUCCCACAUUUUUCUGAACUUGAAGAAUUGAUACAAAAUCCUAUUGAUUUUUCCAGAACUCUUAUAAAAUUUAUCGAAGAAAAUAGCACAUCUGCUGAAAUCUCUUCAAUAGUCCCUAAUCAUAUAAUAAUAGCAAUCGCAAUGGCAGUUGCCCAUGAUCCUCCCAAACCAAUUCCUAUUGAAAAACAAAAAAUUAUUUUAAAAGUAUCAUCACAGAUCCUACAACUAAACGAAGCUAGAAAUACAAUUCAAGAUUACAUUGAAGAAAGAAUGACAAAAAUAGCCCCAAGUCUUACAUUUCUAUUAGGAAGCUCAGUUGCAGGAAAACUAAUAGCAGCUGUAGGAGGACUAGAAAAGCUUGCUGUAAUGCCAGCAUGCAAUAUACAAGUAUUAGGGAUAGAAAAUAAAAAUGCUUUACUACCACCCACUUCGUGAGCGAACAAAAAAAUCUUGUUCGCUCACGGGCUAAUUUUGUUUUUAAAAAAAAAUUUAUAUAUAAAUUUUAUAGAAAUUUUUUUUUUUCGAAAUUUAAAAAAAAUCCCACCUCUCAAAAAUCGGGACGCAAAUAUUAAUUUAAUUUGUAAAAUAAAUGAUUUAAAACGUAAUUUGUUUUAAAAUUAACAGAAUUAGCUAGAUUUCAUGAUAAUAGUUAUCACUUAUAUAUCAAAAAUUUUCCCAUAAACAAUUUUUCUAUUACAAUUUUUUUGUUCGCUCACGGAGAGGAGGGAGUUAGGACUCUCUGCAUUAGGCUCAGGAAAACACAAAGGAUUUUUAGCCCAGACAGAAACAGCAAUAUCUGCUGGAAGGCUUCAGAAAAAAGCAAUAAGAAUGCUUGCAGCUAAAACAGCAUUGGCGGCCAGAUAUGAUUUAUUCAAUAAAAAUAAUGACGGAAGUCACGGAAAAAGUUUAUUAGAAAAUAUCAAUGAUAGGCUGGAAAAAGCUAUUGAGCCUCCUCCAAGCCAUAAAAGGCAGCCAUUGCCAGUACCAAAAGAUAUUAAAAAGCCACAUCGAGGAGGAAAAAGAAUAAGGGCAGCUAAGAGAAAAUACGAAUUGACUGAAAUGAGGAAACUAGCUAGCAGAGUGCAGUUUGGAACUGAGGAACAAGAAGAAUUCAGGGAAACAGGCCAUACUUUUGGCUCAUUGGGUAAAUCUGGGAAGCUAUUGAUAAAGCCUGCAUCUCAUCAGAAAUAUAAAUUAUCUUCAAAACGUCAGGAGCAGCUCAAUCAGCAGGCAUCAGGGCUUACAAGCUGUUACGCAUUUAGCUCUCAAGCUGAGCUUAUAACUGAUUUAUAAUUUUUAAUAGUUUAUAUAAAUAAUAGCUGAGUUUCUUUUCUACUAGAAAUAAUAGCAUAAAAUCUCAUAAAAAUCUCUAUUCGUCUUAAAUAGGAUAAAUUAGAUAACCCAUCAGCCUCCCUUAUAUCUCCAGUUCCGAACAAAUUAUUUGACUCAAAGUCAGGGUUUUCUACAGUAAUCGCUGAGAAAUCAGAAAAAGAUAAAAAUUAG